AACCACCGUACGACAGAAGAGACUAGAGAGAGAGAGAGAGAGAGUUGCAGUAGCACAGCGACGGAGCGAGCGAGAAAGAUGGGCGACCUCUGGGUCAUCUUCUUUUUAACGCUUCUAUUAUCUGCGACGGCCAAUGCUUCUCACUGUUCGAUUACUGGAUUACCACUGGUCAGGAAUAUCGGGGAGCUUCCGCAAGACAACUAUGGAAGGCCUGGUUUGUCUCACAUUACAGUCGCAGGUUCAUUGUUGCACGGGAUGAAUGAGGUUGAGGUAUGGCUUCAAACAUUUGCUCCAGGAUCGCGCACACCCAUACAUAGGCAUUCUUGUGAAGAAGUUUUUAUUGUCCUAAAAGGGAGUGGUACUCUUUAUAUUGCCUCAGAUUCGCAUUCAAAACACCCUGGGAAGAUACAAGAACUUCCUAUCUUUCCAAAUAGCACAUUUCAUAUUCCUGUUAAUGAUGUUCACCAGGUCUGGAAUACAAAUGAACAAGAGGAUUUACAGGUGCUGGUUGUUAUAUCUCGUCCACCAGUCAAAGUGUUCGUAUACGAGGAUUGGUUCAUGCCUCAUAUUGCUGCCAAAUUGAAGUACCCCUAUUAUUGGGAUGAGCAGUGUUUUCAGACACCACCAAAAGAUGAGCUUUAACUUUUUGAACAGACCUGCUGGUAUGCUGAUAUACCCCAAAUUUACCAAAAAAAAAAUUUAGUACAGAAUACUUUUUGUUGGGUGUUGAGAUGAUAAGGGUUCAAAUUUGAGAAUCUGAAAUUGGGAGGCUUGUAUGUCUUUCUGUGUUACAUGUAUACUGAUUUGAUACACGUUGAUGGUAUAUAAUCAAGUUUACCUUUCUUAUGCU